AUGGCGGAAUUGUCCAAGCCAAAGGUAUAUUUUGUUCUCGGUGGUCCGGGUUCCGGCAAAGGUACAGCAUGUGCUUUACUAGUCAAGGAAUUUGGAUUUACACACUUCAGCGCUGGAGACCUUCUUCGUGAGGCAAGUAAGAGUGGCACAAGUGAAGUGGCGAAGAAAAUUGCAGAACUUAUGCGAGCAGGAAAUAUUGUCCCCUCUGAUAUCACCGUGGAACUAAUUUCACAUGCUAUGGCGGAGAAACCAAAUCCGCGAGGAUAUAUCAUUGAUGGUUUUCCACGUAAAAUGGAUCAGGCCCUCAUGUUUGAAGAGGGCAUCGUCCCAGCAAAAGGUAUCCUUUAUUUUGAUUGUUCAGAAGAGACGAUGGAGGAGCGAGUGAUGCAUCGCGCGCAGGAAGGAUCUGGCCGUGAAGAUGAUAAUCCGGAAGUCCUCCGUCGCCGUUUCCGCACAAAUAUUGAGCAGUGUAUGCCAGUCGUGGAGCGAUACAAGAAUGAGGGUCGUCUCCACACGAUAAACGCUAACCGCAGCCGUGAAGAAGUUUAUGCCGAAGUAAGAGAAGUAAUGAUCCAGUUGGGCGAGAAACCGCUUCCGGCAGAGUGA